AUGAAGUGUACAUUGGCUACCCUUGUGCUUGCGGCCGUCGCAGCUGCUGCACCAACAUACCAAGCCCCAGAUUCCUUCCAGAUCAAAAGCGUCGUAUCUGGCGGCUCAGGAUGUCCUCAAGGUAGCAUCGACAUUGAUUGGACUGAGCAAGGCAUUCUACCCAUCUACUUCAACAAACAGUUCACGGCACGCGUAGGCAGCGGCAAAGGUCCCGAAGAGUCACGAAAGAACUGCCAAAUCAAUCUCGGUCUCGAGUUCAGCCCUGGCUUCUCCUUCGCCGUUUUCAGCGCCGACUACUCUGGCUGGGGCGAGCUUGACUCUGGCGUCACGGGCGUUGUAAAGUCAACCUAUUACUUUUCCGGCGAGCAAGACCAAACCUCAUCAGCGCUCGUCAUCGCCGGUCCAUUCAACGGCAAAUACUACAAGCAGGAUAACGUGCCGGCGGUAGUGUGGUCACCCUGUGGCCAGGACGCCUUGUUCAACAUUAACAGCGAGGUUGUCUUGACGCCAUUUGCUACGCCUGCUAAUGGCGUGCUUGCUGCAACCAAGGAGUCUGGAAGGUUUACGUCCAAGUUGUACUUUCAGUGGAAGAAGUGCUGA